AUGGCUACAAAGUGCGGUUCAAGUAGGGAUGCAAUAAGUGAACUGCCAGCAGACGUUAAGGAAAGAAUUUUGGAGAGGUUACCCACUCGAGACGCUGCAAGAACUGCUAUACUCUCGACUAGGUGGAGGGAUGUUUGGUUGGGGCAGGGGCGGAUUGUGAUUGAUUUGGACUUGUUACAGGGUGUCCAAAGAUGCGAAGGUGAUAAAAGCUACGCUUUUGUGAACAUCAUAAAUGACAUUCUCUUGCGCCAUGCUGGACCUGUUAAGAAAUUUGCUCUAUGCAUUUACUUACAAGGUCAUAAGUUGCAACAGUCUGAUUUAGAUCGAUGGCUUCUAUUUCUAUCAAGAAAUGGUAUUCAGGAACUUACAAUCUCCAUACCUGGUUCAAACCUUGAAUAUAAAUAUCAGUUGCCAUAUUGUAUAGUCUCGUGCCCAACAAUUAAGCAACUGAUAUUGGGCUAUUUCAGUUUUGAUUUGUCAAUAAAGGCCUCUUGUAUAUUCUCCAAUCUCACUUCAUUAGUUUUCGAGCGUGUUCAAUUUAGUGAUAAAAUUAAUGGAAUUGUCUACAACAUUCCUAAUCUUGAGAAGCUGGGAUUCUAUUAUUGUUUAGGGAUUAGUAAUUUUGGGAUCAGAGUUCCAAAACUUGAAAGCUUAUCUAUUAUUGGUCGUAUACAAGCGGCCGAAUUGAGAUGGGUUGCAUUUCAUUUAAAAGCAAUUAAGACUCUUUGCUUGGAUCACUUCUCCUUGCAUGAAGAUUUUGUAUUAGCUGCAUCGGUGUUCCCAAUUGCAAUAAAUCUGCAAGUAAUCAAGCUAUAUCGUUUGAAUUUUGCUAACGGAAUGGAGUUCACUGUUGCUUUACAAUUGCUUAAAAAAUCUCCCAACUUAUGUGAACUGGAGAUUCAAGCAUCAUGUUUCACAUGUUCAACUGAAGACACAAGACUUCCCGCGGAUCACGGUUGUAUUAUUGAUCAAGAUCUAAAGAUGCUUCACACAAUAAAGAUUGAAUUAUUUACCGGAUCCAAAGUGGAAAUGUUUUUUGUGAAAAUGUUGCUCUCUAAAUCCCCUGCCUUAGAAAAAAUUGUUAUUCAAGAUUUUAAUGAUCCCAAUCUCUCCAUGCCUCUCAAAAUUUCAAGAGAGUUGUUGCGCUUUCCUCGUGUAUCUCCAAAAGCACAAGUUGUUUACAUGGACGAUAUAUAA